GCCAUCCAUCUUGCUUUUUAAGGCAGUGUUCUACUGGAAUCUGGGACUUGCCAGUUAGGCCAGAGAAGUGACUAGUGAGCCCUGGGGACUUUGCCUGCCUCCACCUCUACAGUGUUGGGACUACAAACACAGGCCACCUAAUAUGGUGCCUAGGAUGGAACACAGGUCCUUGAAGGGCAAGGCAAGCAUUGUAUUAACCUCUCCUCCAAGCCCCGAAUGUUUCCCUUUUUCUUUGAUUUUCUUUUACGUGUAUAGGUGUUUUGUCUGUAUGUAGAACUGUGUACUACUUGGGUGCCUGGUGCCCUUGGAAGCCAGAAGAGGGAGUUAUAGACAGUUGUGAGGGGACAUGUGGGUAAUGGGAAUCAAACCUAGAUCCUCUGGAAGAGCAACCAGUGCUCUUAACCACUGGGCCAUCCAUCUCUACUAUCAGUGUCUUCUCCCCCCUCCCUACCUGGCCUGGAACUCAAUAUGUAGACCAGUAUGGCCUUGAACUCAGAGAUCCACUUGCCUCUAUGUCCAGAAUGCCAGGAUUAAAGGUUUCUACCACCACACCCAGCAUGUCUCAUAGUCUUCAUGACCUCAAAAAACAAAAACAAAAAAGACAGAGUUUGCUUAUUAUCCCAGUGAAAGUUGAAGAAUUAAUAGAAACCUCACUUUCAGGGUAUCAGGUCUUCUAAGAGAAAACCAAAAUGCAGGUAUUCAUGAGGUCUAGUGUCCUUACUGCUACAUGUCACUAGCACUCAGAAUCGAGUGCGGAACCUCAGGCUGUGUCCACAAAGAUCAUGGCUGUGGAGAGCAAAAAACCCUCCAGUUUCUACCUGACUCAAAAGCGAAACUCUCCUUUUUCAAGCCCUUGCGGAUCUCUCUCUAUGCAUACACCUCUAAGGGAGUCUAUUUUUGUUUUUUUGCAGGGGUUUUGUUUCAGUUGUCACUGCUGGUUUUUAUUAUUAUUAUUCUGAUAUGGGAUCUCACCAUUAUGGUUGGCCUGAAACUCAUUGUGUAGACCAGAAUCAGAGGUACACCUGCCUUUUGCCUCCAGAGUGCUGGAAUCACAGACAUGACCCACCAUGCCUGACUGGUUUUUCUUUUUGUGGUUUUGUUUGAGACUGGAUCUUGCUUAAUAGCUCUGGUUGGCCUGGGAUUCCCUGUGUAAACUAGGCCGGACUUGAACUUGUAUCAGUCCUCCUGCUUCAGUCUUCUUUGAACGGGAUUAUCCAGUCCAGCAGCUUUCUAUUUUUGAGGUAAAUAUUUAAGCUCCUAGUUUGUUUAGUUAAAAUCCUAUUUAGUUAAUAUCUCUAUGGAAAUGUCUCUCAUGGCAUAUUCAGGAGAAUAGGAAAUGUCCAUUAGUCUUCAGGAGCAGACAGGGACAGGGACUAUGCCUCUUGUUCCCCAGCAGGACCUCAGGAGAUACUCAAUGACUCUGAAAUUGGUGGGAUCCAGUGCAAAGUGAAAACAUGGCAUCCCCUUCGGAAAUUGUAAAGGAUUUCAAUACCACAAGUUCAGAUCCCAGGCAAAUGUACAAGUCCCGGGAGCAAUCCUGUUCGUUGUUCAGAUGUUGUGUGAGUCCCCUCAGAAAAUCUCAGUCAGGUCCUAGGCCAAGGCAAGAAAAAUUUAGAGAGAUGGGAAGAGAUGGCUCAGUAGUUAAGAGUAUUGGCUGGCAUUCCAGAGGACCUGGGUUCAAUUCCUAGCACUCUUGUGGAGGCUAACAACCAGCUACAACUUCAGUUCCAGGAGAUCCAACAUCUUCUGGCCUCUGACUCAGCUCACAUGUGGUGCACAGACAUGCAUGCAUGCAGCCUCCUCUGGCCCCCAACACAUUCUUAAAAAUAAAUAAAUAAAAAGACAGCUCCGGUGAAGUAAUGGGGAGUUGCCGGGUCUCCCUUCUGCUAACUAUGGGCUUAAAGAGCUGGAGACAGAGACAUUAUGCACCAACAGUAAAGAGACUACUGGGUAAUUUCAUGUAUUUUGGUGCUACCUUUAAACUCCAUUUCUGCCUGCAAUACAAAAGUUUCUCAGCUGGGUCCGAUGUACCUUUUGUUUUCUGUGUACAAAUUACAAUUUUUUAAAAUGCCCGCUCUGGGUGGGCAUGGUGGUGUACAACAAUAAUCCCAUCACUUGGAAUGCUGAGGCAAAAGGAUCAAGAAUUCAAAGGCAGCCUCGGCUACAAAACAAGUUCGAAGCCACCCUGAAAAACAGGCUAGAAAAACACUUGCUCUCUGUCGACAAAAAAGAUUGCAAGAUUCUCGUGAAACUGUACCUCCUCUGCCAUUCAGGACACUGGCAAAGUCCAGCUCCCUCUUUGCUCGGUUUCUAUGAGAGUUGAGAUGUUGAGGCCAGCGACCGGCCACCUGCACCGCCCCCACCCGGCACCCUGCAGUGUUCCUCGGAGCCCGAACUCUUGGGCUGCAGCUUAACUCCGCCCCAUCUCCGCCCCCGCCACCUCCCCACUUGAUUUUUAAUCCAAAGGUUUAGGAGGAGGGAGGGGACAAAACGGGAGCCAGAUGUGUUCUCGUUCUCGGCUCCCGCCUCCCUCCCUCUUGGGCUUCCUAAAACCCGGAGCCCCGGAGACAAGGAUUCGGAGCCAGACAAACGCAGCCCGAACCACGUUCCACGGCUCCUCCCGGACUGGAAGCUAGCGGGAGGGGGAGUAAGAGCGGAGCACUCUCAGGAGGCGGGACAAAGUGUUUUGUGUGUGUGUUUUCGUCUCUCUCGCUCUCUCCCUCUCUCCCUUUUCGCUCGCUCGCUCUCUCUCUCUUUUUUUUUUUUUUUUUUUGGUCGCAAGUAGGAAGCUUUUUGCACUCCACCACCUCUGGCCGCUGGGAAGACGUCAUCGCUUCCGCCCUACUUCCUCCUCCUGUUGGCGGCGCUGAGAAUCCAAUAUGGAGUAAAUCGGUGGAGUCGCGAGAUGGGGUUCGGACGGGGCGCCCUGCACCGCCUCCCAGGCGCACCUCCCCCGGCCGCCGAGCGCUACCCGGAACCCUGAUUGGCCCGGUCCCCGGGGGCGACCCCGGCCCGGCCCCACCGCAGCCGGCCGCCCGCCCGCCGCCCCGAGCGUGCUUGUUUUUCUGCUGCUCUCCCCCUCCGGGUCCCCUUCCCAAAUCUCGCCCCUGCGCCCGUUCGGAGCCCGGGGGCCGCGCCCGGCCGGCCGGGGGCGUCCGCUGCCCCGUGCACCCCUUCCCAGACCUCGCCCUGCGCUCGGGGAGCCCCGUUUCCCCGCCUGCCUCGGCGCCCCCUUCAUCGCUAGCUCCCCCCUCCACCACCAAAUCAGGAGAUGUCGGAGAUGUGAAGAAGGGGGGCGAGCGCACAGGAAGAUGAAGGGAGCCAGGCUGCCCGCCGCGGGACAGGCGUCUAGGUGAACAAGAAAAUGACCGAAGAAACACACCCGGACGAUGACAGCUAUAUUGUGCGCGUCAAGGCUGUGGUUAUGACCAGAGAUGACUCCAGCGGGGGAUGGUUCCCACAGGAAGGAGGCGGGAUCAGUCGCGUUGGGGUGUGUAAGGUCAUGCACCCUGAAGGCAAUGGACGAAGCGGCUUUCUCAUCCAUGGUGAACGACAGAAAGACAAACUGGUGGUAUUGGAAUGCUAUGUCAGAAAGGACUUGGUCUACACCAAAGCCAACCCAACGUUUCAUCAUUGGAAAGUCGACAAUAGGAAGUUUGGUCUUACUUUCCAAAGCCCUGCGGAUGCACGAGCCUUUGACAGGGGUGUGAGAAAAGCCAUUGAAGACCUGAUAGAAGGUUCAACGACCUCAUCUUCCACUAUUCAUAACGAAGCUGAGCUUGGCGAUGAUGACGUUUUUACAACAGCUACAGACAGUUCUUCUAAUUCCUCUCAGAAGAGGGAGCCGCACACGAGGACAAUCUCCUCCCCCACAUCGUGUGAGCACCGGAGGAUUUACACCCUUGACCCAUACCCCAUGGACCAUUACCACCCCGACCAGCGGAUGCCGCGGUCCUACCCCCAGGUCACCUUCCCAGAGGAUGACGAGGAAAUCGUACGCAUUAACCCGCGGGAGAAGAUCUGGAUGACCAGCGGCUAUGAAGAUUACCGGCACGCUCCAGUGCGCAGCAAAUACCUGGAUACCGCGGAGGACGCGGACUCCUACGUGCGCUUCGCCAAGGGCGAGGUCCCCAAACACGACUAUAAUUACCCUUAUGUAGACUCCUCAGACUUUGGCUUCGGCGAGGAUCCUAAAAGCCAUGGCAGCAGUGUGAUCAAGACGCAGCCAGCCAGGGGCAAGUCCCGACGGCGCAAGGAGGACGGCGAGCGCUCGCGGUGCGUGUAUUGCAGGGACAUGUUCAACCACGAGGAGAACCGUCGGGGCCACUGCCAGGAUGCGCCGGAUGCUGUGAGAACUUGCAUAAGACGCGUGAGCUGUAUGUGGUGCGCGGACAGUAUGCUCUACCACUGCAUGUCGGACCCCGAGGGAGACUACACGGACCCUUGCUCGUGCGACACCAGCGACGAGAAAUUUUGCCUCCGGUGGUUGGCGCUCAUUGCCUUGUCCUUCUUGGCCCCCUGUAUGUGCUGUUACCUUCCCCUUCGGGCCUGUUACCACUGUGGAGUGAUGUGCAGGUGCUGCGGCGGGAAGCACAAAGCCGCCGUGUGACUCAGUUUCCCACUUGACCCCUCUCCCACCCACAGCCACAGGGAACUUGUCUCUUGCAUUACCCCUCCCCGUCGUCUCUUCCCCCCCCCCCCCAUCUUCUCCCAGGCACCCUGGCCCCUUGCGACAUCAUUCCAAACCCUGGUAAGCUGCCACCCUGUGUCAGCCAGUACCCGUACUCUCGCGGUGUUUUGAAGAAAGGAGCCUUCUGCGUAGACGCGUGUAUUUUACCAGCCUAUGAUCAUGCUGUCUCAACCACGUGUUCAUCUCCGGUCCCUCCUCCCCACCACCCCUUUCCAGUCCUAAGGAAUCUGCAGUAGAAGCUUUUAGAUCCGGAGGGGUUUAGAGUUGGUUUUUCCCACGAGUACCGGAGACUGUCUUUCUCCGGGUGGGGCUUGCCGGUCACCCACAAGCACGGGUUCCUCGGAGAUGUGACCUAAUGGUGAAACCCUAAGUAUUGUAACGUGCAGCGUGGUGUUGUCUCCCGAGGCGGUGAGCUGGAUGAACAAGCUUGUUACCACAGUACAAUAGGGCUUUAACUCCUAAAGCCAAACUUCCCUCCUCCAUGGCUGCAGUUUCUGUCUUCAGCCCAUCUUCGUCCUCUGCCCCUCCCCCACCUGUGGAAUUCAUUCGCUGAUGCAAAGCAGUUACCUUUAAAAUGACUUGAAUUGAGCCUUAACUUCAGAUUAACGUGUGAAAAAUCAGGAAAAAUUCCUCAAAUUGCGUUGCAUCCUCUUGGACCAGGGUUAGAAAGGGGAUUUUGGGUUUUUAUGAGCCUGCCCAGUUUACCCCUACAAUAGGACUUUUUUUUAGAAUUGUGUUGCCACUUCUAAAAUCCUAGCAAUAUUAGAAUUGUGAAGUAAAUUUCACUCAUUAUUUUGCAAACCAAGUGGAUUUAUUCAAACACAAACCAGUGUUUUGGGAACAAGUUCCAGUUGAAAAACACUAAAAAUUGUGAAUAAAACUGUAGCUGUUUCCCGCCCCUGCAACUGUUUUAUAUCAUUCAGGGGGGCAUUUUAAAUACCGUCAAUUAGUGGUGGCUUGCAUUUUGUUUAGGCUUAUGUUUUUGUUUUAAUUUGGGGCUCAAUUCAUUUAUACUUAGGAAAAAACAAGGCCAUAUAUAAAAACCCUUCCAAUGCCUAAGUGUCUUUUCUCUUGCAACUCCGCACCCACACUUGCCACUUGGGGUGCACAGAUAAGGGUAGAUCACCAACUGACUCUACCUGUGGCUGAGCCACAUAAAAGGCUUCUAAUUUGCUAGAGGAGGAAAAAGAACAUUUUGUAAAAUAUGUUGCAAGGAAUAGCCAAAUCUUGAAGGAGAAAAAAGAAAAGUGGAAGUGGUUACCUAUACCUAGCAUAGUACAAUCAGAACUUUGUGGGGAUCGGAGGGGCCAUGCUUUUACCGCCGACUGUUCUUCCCACCGAGACCUUUCCACGGUAAUUCCCAGCGGAAGGCAGGCUCGGUCCCUUCUCCUCCUUCCCCCUCCCCCUAUUGCACACAGGACAUCAGUCUUCAAGGAAAAGGACUUUUUUCCAGUGUGUCAGUCAUACUGGGAAAAUGCUAGCCAUGCUUACCUUAGUGGCAAAGUUUUCUGCUCGCCGUGACAGCCUGCCCUGUUUCUUUAGACAGAUCAUCAGUGUAGACAAUGAGUGUGUUUCCGAGUUAGUUGGUAGACGUUUUCCUUUGUUAGGAUGACUGCGUGGGGACUAUCUAUUGUAGAAAAGGUGCAAAGAGCUACCAUCGUUGUCGAAGGGGGGGGUCUCCGUGCCAGGAGACCAUCCAGACUGCCUCCAGCCAGCCUUCAGUGCUGUGGAGAGACUGCCUGUCCCCGGCCCGAGGGACUUUGUCCAAGUCGCCUCUCUACAAAGCACAACACUAAUCUCCGUCUCCUCAGACCUCAGUUCAAGUGCCCCUAUUUAUUUCAGUGAGAACCCGCAUCCCGGUUGCUUCCCGUUCCUGCCUUGGCUCUGCCCCUGCCCCUCUCCUUUCCACCCUUCUUAAGAGUUCUGCUAGUCAGUCUUACUCCGCACAUCGUUUUUGGUUUGUGAAGGCAGCGGUUAAGGGCACAAAGACAGCCAUGGGGACAUUUAUGUAAAUACAUUUAAUUGCCACACUGCGGCUGCACAGUGUCUAGUAUUUUCCCAGUCAGCUUUGCCAUGCUGACGUCAAUCAUUUGAGAGAAAUUAUUCAGAUUUUAUUUUUAUAUCCGUGGUAACAAAACCUAGCCAAAAGAUUUCCUGUUCUGAAGUUUCCCUGACUCCCAAGCUAUUUGCUCACAUUAACAAAUUAAAGUGCCUGAGCAUAAUUCAUUCACCUGUAUACUAAAACCCCUGUUGUAUUGAUUUUUUUAUAAUAAGCCUUUUUACCUCUGUAAAAAAUAUAUAUAAAUAUAUAUAUAUAUACAAGCGUAUGAUGUACAUUUUAGUUCUUAACUUUUUUUAUGGUUUCUAAUAUGUAUGACCAACGUAGCCAUUGCUUUAAAAUGUACCGUGUAAAUAUAAACACAACCUAUCAGACCGUU